AUGCGUGCCGUCCAAGUCAGCGAAUAUGUCAAAGGUCCUCUCGAGUUGAAAGUGACCGAAGUCCCAACUCCCACACCUGCAGCAGACAAAUACCUCAUUGAAAUUCAUUCUGCCGGUACCAAUUUCUUCGAUAUCCUCCAAAUUCAAGGCAAAUACCAACACCAGCCACCUCUGCCCUGGGUCGGAGGUGCAGAGUUCGCCGGUAUUAUCGCCGCUGUCCCAAGCUCGUCUUCUUCACCCCGCUUCAAGGUCGGAGAUCGGGUAUUCGGUGCCACACAAGGUGCCUACGCGACCCAUGUCCUUGCUCCCGAGAGCACACUGCUCCCCGUGCCGCAGGGCUGGAGCUUCGAAGACGCAGCAGGAUUAUUCGUCACCGCUCCAACAUCAUAUGGGGGUCUUGUGCAUCGGGCUGGUGUGAAGAGUGGCGACUGGGUACUUGUGCAUGCGGCAGCUGGUGGUGUCGGGCUAGCAGCGGUGCAGAUCGCGAAGGCAAAGGGAGCGACCGUUAUUGCGACUGCGGGUACAAAGCGGAAGCGUGAGAUCGCGAGCGAGUUCGGAGCGGACUACGUGAUCGAUUAUACGGAUAAGGCGUGGCCGGAGGAGGUGAAGAAGCUGUGUGCUUCUAAGAGGACAGGGAACGGGAAGGCAGGUGUGGAUAUCGUUUACGAUCCUGUUGGCAUGAUUGAGACGAGCCUGAAGUGUGUUGCGUGGAAUGCGCGCUUGUUGGUCAUCGGGUUUGCGGCUGGUCAGAUUGAGAAGGUUGCGUUGAAUCGGGUCCUGUUGAAGAACGUGAGCCUGGUUGGAUUGCAUUGGGGACAAUAUGCACGCUUCGAGACCGAGACCGUUGGCGAGGUGUGGCAGGGUAUCUUUGAUCUUGUCGCUAAGGGUCAAUUUCGCGGUACUGCUUUCAAGGAUGAGAGCUUUACAGGGCUGGAGAGUGUGCCGAAGGCUCUUCAAGCAUUGGGCGGACGGGAGACAUGGGGAAAGGUCGUUGUUAAUGUCGUUGGGGAGGAGAAAGCUAAGAGCCGGCUGUAA